AUGGCAUUGAUACUACGACCGAUUCGCCGGCGAUUUGUUCUCUUGUUUGCCAGUCUCUUCAUCACUCUCAGCAUCGCCUUUCAUUUACUACCCCCCAGCUCGCCAAUCCGACUCUCUAUCAACUUUAAUGCCUCUCGCUUGGUGAAUUCACUCCGAACAUCAGCCACGGACCGGGACGCUUGGCUGCACCAACGACCUACGCCAUACCCUCUUAGCUUGCGAGACGAGGUCGGCUAUCUCAUAAAAACGGGCUAUGGCACUCGCCAUCGGGUUCCUGCACUGAUGAAGGCUUUCUCUCACAGUGGAAACAUUUUAGGAGAGGAAAAUAAGAACUUCAUCGUUGUUGGGGACUGGACGCCAACAAAUCAGACAGACGAUGGGCUACCUAUUGCGUAUAAUGUUGUGAAUACGGCAAUGGAGACCAAGGUCAAACCGUCGCUUCAAGGCCACCCCCGCUUUGCCAAGUAUCGCUCCCUUCAAGAAGCAGUCGACUUGGCCGACGAGGACAAGGCGAGGGAGCUUGGCCAAGGGUUUGGGUGGGAGUUGGACGCGCUCAAGAAGUGGUACGCCAUCCUGGAUGACGAUACCUUCUUGAUCGGACCUUCACUGUAUCUACUCUUGAGCCACUUGGAUCCCGCAAAGCCGUACUACCUAGGUAGCGCCGUAGGUGACUACAAAAGUCGAUUCGCUCACGGAGGCUCUGGCACUGUGCUCUCACAGGAGGCCAUGCGACGACUAUUUGAUCGCCCUGACAUCGUCGCCCAGUCAUAUAUCGACUCGCUCGAUGAGACAUGGGGUGACCGCCUUGUAAGCCUAACGCUGAUCAAGCUGGGGAUCUAUCUCAACGAGCGGUAUAGCCACCAUUUCAACGGUGAGCCGCCUGAGAUGGCCCGGGUCCAGAGAGACCGCUUCUGCUCGCCCAUUGUGUCCUUCCACGGCGUCCGCAGACCAGGGGCCAUGGAAGCCAUCGGCAGAGGCCUCUCCAACAGAGAGCAGCCAGUGGUCUGGGCCGAACUGUGGCAGCUAUUUGCCGACACUUCACUUGAGAACGCUGGCCGCGAGCCGGUACGUCAGAUGCGGGACCACGUGGGGCCGACGGGCGAGGACACAACGACAUGGAAGAGGAUCGCAUCGGCAGAGGUGUGCCGCAGUAAGUGCCGGAUUAGGAAGAGCUGCCUGGCGUGGACUUAUGACAGAGAGACGCGGACAUGCCGCACCAGCCCUUGGAUUAUUAUUGGAAACAGAAACGCAGAGAUGAAUGAGUCUGGGCUUGAUUGGCAGGCGGUGGAGCCUCUGCUGCAACACUGCGGCCGAGAAUCCAUGUAA